AUGGCAGAGCAGGCAAACUCCUUGCUGACGGUGCUGCCCCCGGGUCCCAAGGUGGAGGCUGGAGCCGAUGAUCUGCUCUUCGACAUCGGCUUGCAAGAUGCAAGCGAUCCUGCUACGGCCUCCACCGCCGCGACAGCUUCAAGACCCAGCCGCCAGGCGCCUCCUGCCAUAGAAGUCGGCGAUGUGGGGGACAUCGGUGUCCUCGAGGGUUCGGAGUCUGGUGAGAGCGUCGCCUCUGCCGACUUGCUACAGCUCAUCCAGCAGGCCAGCGAGGUGGAGAUCAGCUCGGACUCCGCUGAGUCUCGCAAGGAGGCCCCCACCCAGCCCGCCCCGGAGCCGGAAUCAGCGGACUCACCGGCCAUGCCCUCGAUUAAGGUCGAGGCUGUGGCAGACGUGGAGGUUGCCCAUGCAGCACAACAGGAAGGAGUCGUGCGCGAUGCUCGUCCCAGCGAGGAAGCUGCUCCAAGAUCACUUGGUCACGCUGAGGAGGACGAUGGCAUCGAGCUGUCGGUGGAGGGCAUGCCUAGCCAAGCCAGUGGCCGCGCAGCCGAGGUGACCUUUGCCGUGGGCGGAUUCGCAGCCACUGCGGGGCACCUAGAGCCUGGAGACCCGAUGAACCGCCACCAGGAGGAUGCGGCGAGGUCGAAUGCCGUCGAUGAAAUGUUCGCAGACAUCCUCGGUCCCAUCGACGAG